ACCGAAUUUAUGGGGGAUACUCGUAGAUGUGCAUGACUUUGAGAUCGUACAAAAUCUGUACCUCGAGGAAAAUAAUAAUAAAUUUCUGAUACAACUAGGUACAAGUACAACAAACUUCAAGGAAAUGUAGUAGUUAGUGCACAAUCUCAUCUCCGUGACGCAGCAUAUUCCCUUGUUUGUAAACAGUUAAUUGUUUAUGUAUAAACAAUUAUAUACUUUCCUUUGUCCCGCCUGUUGUAAUUGUAAGCAAAAUGUUUUCAAUUGGAGAACGGUCGUACGGGGUCUGGUAAGGGACGUGUAGCGCGAUAAAGCGCUUUAUCAAGAGCUUGCCGAAGAUCGAAGGCUAGGGGCUGGGGUCGGCGCGCCGCGUGCGCACAGUCCGCUCGCGGCGCUCGGCCUCCUCGCACCGCCGCGCGCGCCGCCUCUCACCUCUGGCGACAGCCGUCAACAUGCCGCUCAACGAUAGAGAUGUGUCGUGGGUCGGGCGGUGGUGGCGGCCGCUAGUAGCCGAGCUGCUGGCCACGGCGCUGCUGGUGCUGCUGGGGCUGGCGUCCGCGCUGCCGGUGCGCGCGCCGCCGCCGCUCACGCACCCCGCGCUCGCCUUCGGCUUCAUCAUCGUGGUGAAUGCGCACGUGUUCGGGCCCAUCUCCGGCGCGCACAUGAACCCCGCCAUCUCUCUAGCCGCCGUGCUGUAUGGACAGAUGGAAGUCAUAGUCGCGCUAGCGUACUUCGUCGCUCAGACCAUCGGCGCUCUCCUGGGCUUCGGCGCGCUGGUGUGGAUCGCCCCGGCGGAGGCGCUGCGGGGCGCGGCGGGCUGCACGGUGCCGGCGGGCGGCGCGGCGGCGGGCGCGGCGCUCGAGGCGCUGCUCACGGCGCUGCUGGCGCUGCUGGCGUGCGCGUGCUGGGCGGCGCACGACCCCGCCCGCCCCGACCACACCGUGCCCCUCAAGUUCGGCUUGGGCGUCGCGGGACUCAUCUACGCUGGGGGCCCCAUGACGGGCGCCAGCCUCAACCCGGUGCGAUCCCUCGCGCCCGCCGUCUUCAUGAACGAGUGGACUCAUCACUGGGUGUACUGGGUGGGUCCGCUGGGCGGCGCGGCGCUGGCGGCGCUGUGCCACCGCUUCGUGCUGCGCCCGCGCGCGCCGCCGCCCGCGCGCCGCGCCGACCAGCUGCCGCUCCGCGACAAGCCGGCCGCGUGACGCCCGCGCCGCUAGCUACUCAACUCACCGCUUCCGCUCUCUGAUAAAGCGAGUGCGUUACCGCAGCAAAAUGUAGACAGUUUUCUACAAACCUGUGGGGUUAUUGACACACUUAAAUAAGACAAAUGUGCGUAAAUAACUCCUGUUAAAAGUUAAAAGUCUCUUGUGUUAGAAUAACAAAUGACGUUGUUCGUUUUUAUGUCAUCCUAUUCUAUUUUUAUUUUCUAAUAUUAUAAAUGGGAAAAUUUGUAAGAAUGUGUGGAUGUGUGCUUGUUACUCUAUCACGGAAAAACUGAACAGUUUUUCAUAAAACUUCUCGUAGGUAAGCUUAGAUAUUGGAAUAACAUUAUAAGUAAUUUGUUUACUUAACUGUAUGCUAUUAAAUGAAUACGCAUGCUGUGUUCGUUCAUAGAAGGAUGUUGAAAUUUAAAAACAUGUAUAAUUUUGCUUGUCAUGAUAAGAGUAUCAUUGUAUCAAACAGUUUGCAAACCAUAAAAAUAACGUUGAAAAAAACUUAUAAUUUAGCUUAAAGGCGAACGAAAUUGCGAGCAUACAGUAAGUAGUAUAUAGCGAUUAUAUAGAUUCAUUCGGAAAAAACUGAGUUUUUUUAUUUUUAUCAGGAAAUGUUUUCCAGUUUUGAAAACUACAAAUUUCACGAUUUUUGUGUACGGUUCAAAAUGCAUAUCUACAUUUUGCUGCCGUGGUAACGCACCGGUCUCCAUGUUGGUAUCUUUUAUUUACUGUCAAUAAACAGUUAAACGUCAGAAAAUUAAGGUAGCACACAUCAAAGUUUUUGCACCUAGUAAGUGGCUAUUCUAGGACAGUGCUUUCUGUGUAUACAUAAACAUCUCAGGCUUAUUAAAUGUAAAUAGUUUGAUGAACUAAGACCGAUAGAACACACGAUAAAACAAUUCAAGUUCAUAAUUACUUAUGUAGCUGCAGGAACUGUUAACGUAAAAAAAUAUAUUUAGCAAUGGACUGAAGGUAAAACUCAUAUACAUAUGUAGGUAAUUGGGAUAAACGUGUGCUUGUACAAACUUACUGUGUACCGAAUCAUUUAUAAUCUUUUAUCGCGGUUAUCGAAUCGAAUUGUUAAUAUACAAAAUUAACUUUAGGUAGGUAUGUAUCCGUAAUGAGUAGGGUUUCCUGUUAACUAAGUUUCAGUUACCUUUAGGUAUAAUAACUUUUCUCCUCCUAAAAUAAUUAGGAGUGCAUUCUCUAGCAGUCUUUGCUCACACUAAUAAGAAUGUUUACACAACAUAACAUUUUCUUACAUAUUUUUUUAUUAUGUUAUCGCCAUACAAAUCAAAUAAAAAGACUGAUGUACAAUUAUUAUUGUGUAUAAACUCCAUAAUGAGUACCUAGUUGUGAACAGACUACCUGUAGUUUUGGACUGGAUUGGCGAUUUGCCUUCUAGAUAGGAAUAUUACUUAGGUACAUAAACUUAAUAAACAAACUGCACCUUGCUGUAAUCACAACCAUAUUAAGUAAUAGCAAUUUUGUCACCCAAUGGGUAAUAUCGCUAUAAGUAUGUGUAGAUAUACUUACUCAUAGUAUAGAGAACUUUUAGAUGUCUAGAAUAAAUUUUAGAUUUAUACGUUUGUUAAAUCGAUGAUGCAUGCAUUUAUUUAUUCACUUUACUGAAACUUGUAAAGAAAGAUAAUGUUCUAUGAAGUAAAACUGCACUUAUUCUAAAUAAUCACUGCACUUAUAUAUUUGUACUCAUUGACAUUUAAUGUGUUAUAUAAAUUACAAAAUUAAUAUGAACUUAAAACAUUUGUACUAAGAUAUAUUUAAAAACGUAGUUCCCGCGUCAUUCUCUUUCUUUUUUAUAAUAUAUUUUUUUUAUAAGUGGCCAGUUCUAACCUUUUUCAAUCUGUUGCUUAUUUCAAAGAGGUUGCGUGAUUGUAUUUUCAAACAUACCCGCCGGCAAGGACAUCUAUUGCAGAGAUGUCCUUAAAAAUCACAACAUGCUAAAUGGGACAUCACUAACUAUUUAUGUCUUACUUAGUUACAUAAAAUGUUUAAUCUAAUCGUACUUGCUUCUCAUUAUUGUAUCAUAUCCUUGAAAAAAUUAACAAUAUCCAUAUAAAUGCUAUAAAUACUUAUUCCUGAAUCUGUACAUCAUGAUUAGGAUGGAAAGGCAUUAAGCCAGAAAUGAUCCAUCCAAAACUAGUAUUUUGAGCUAUUAAAGAGUUUGACGGGUUUCUUUUUAUUCCAUUUUUUAUAAUAAAACCGUAAACAUUACUACCAAGUAACAAAUCAAUGUCUUUAGAAAUAUUAAAUUCAGGAUCAGCUAAGUAAUGAUGCUCUAAGUUCCAUCUUAAACAGUUUAAAUGUAUAUCUUGUUCUGGUAAAGGUGAUGUUACUUUAGGGACGACAUAAGCAUUCACAUUUAAUUUGAAAGUAGGAUCAACUCUAGACUUUAAGGUGAUUUGAACCAUGUACUUUACCUCUGUAGACAUUUUGUUACCUAAGCUAAAUAUAUUUCUAUGGACUGGUAUUUUUUUUAAAUGUAAUCGUUGAACAGCAGCCUCAGUUAUGAAACAGGCUUGUGAGCUUUGGUCUAUUAAGGUCCUUAUUUGAUUAUGUACAUUAUCUUUUGACUUAACGGUUACUAAAGCAGUAGGUAGUAAAACAUUUGAUGGUUUAUAUUUUUUAUCAUUAUUAUGAUCAGAUGGACUAUUUGGAACUAUAGAAUAAUUAUAAUUUCCUUGUACGUUAUGAUGUAAAAGAGAAUGGUGUCGCUGAUGACAAAUUCGACAUGUACUUGGUUUCCUACACUCGGAUAUAAUAUGGUUACCACCUAAACAAUUUAUACAUAUGUUGUUAUUAUUUACAAAAUCUUGUCUAUCUUCUAAAGAAAGCUUUACAAAUUUUUUACAAAAACACAACUUAUGUUUUUCGGAGCAAAACUCACAAUGUCUAUAUGUAAGAUUUACAGUUAACAUGCACUUUGUUACGUGAGAAGGUGAGCUACUGGCCUGAUUUUCGUUCUCUAAAUUUUCUAAUGCUCUGAAACGUUUUUCUAUAAAAUGUUGAAAGUGUUUUAAUUUCGGCAAUUCAUUCGAACCCAGAUCAAAAGUGUACAGCUCCCACUCCUUUCGAGUCUCUGGGUCCAGCUUUUCGGAAACUAUAUGGAUUAUAAUUGGAUCCCAGGUACUCACGUCUACAUCUAAAUUAAGAAGUGCACUUAGGCAAUCAUUAGUUGUAUCCAAAAUACCUUUCAACAAAUCUCCCGACUCAAUUUUCAUACACUUCUGAUUGAACAACCUUUUCAGAAUGCAGUUAAUAAGGUAUUUUUUGUUGUUAUAACGUUUUUCUAACUUUUCCCAGCAUUGAGUGUAAUUUUCAUUGGUUAUAGGUGUGUGCCUGACCAGCUUUUCGGCUUCUCCUGUUAGGUAGCUUUUAAGAUAGUGUAGCUUUUGUAAAUCAUUAAGUGAAUUAUUGUUGUGAAUUAGAGAAAGAAAAAGAUUUCGAAAUGUUGACCAUUCUGAAUAGGCCCCUGAAAACAUAGGAAUGCAAAUCUUUGGUAGUUUUAUCACGGGAUUUGCAUGAACAACAGAGUUAUUUUUCGAUUCGGCUAAGGCAGAGGCUGAAGCGUAUUGCUUAAGAAUUAUCAUGAACUGUGUUUUACAAAUAAUGAAUGCUUCCUCAGUCUUUUCGUACAUAGAAUUACAUACAUAUUCUGUGUUAUACAAUUGUUCUUGUUCUACGAAACUAUAAAGUUUAACAUCGUUAUCUUUAAACAAAUUCCAAUUUUGUUCUAGAUUAUUUAUUCUAACUUCAAUUUGUUCUUGCGAUAGUUGUUCUCUAGGAAAGUUUUUUAAAUUAGUAAGAGCUUUUUCAAUUAAUAGUUUAAGGCGCUUCUGAACAUUAAUCAAAACCUCCAUAUUUACAUCGAUCUAAGUACUUCUAUUAACUAAACCUAGGUUGGUAAGUAUAUUAAAAAGAAAAUGAAAAGAAAUUGUCUUUAAAAACUGUUCUCAUUAACUAAUAUUGAAGCGAUCUUGAUGACUUCCUUAAACUAAACCACAGAUCUUCUUUAAACACACACGACUGUUCAGAAAAAAUCAGUUAUUAUACGUAGAAAUGAGCGAUGAUUAUACUUCACUGACUGUAGACGAGUUCCUGUUGGACAUUGAUGUUGCAAAACUGAUCACGGCUUUGUAUUCCAGUUGUCGCUUUGCGUAUAGAAACAUAUAUGAUGUCAUCUAUUUAUUACGGUGGAAAGCAGCUCAAUUAAGUCAGAGCGGGAUUUUUUUGCUGCAGAAACUAAUUUGGUUGAGGUGUAAAAUUAGCUGGAAAUUAUUUGGCUCGAUUGAGGACCAAUGUUAAAUCGAUGAUGCAUGCAUUUAUUUAUUCACUUUACUGAAACUUGUAAAGAAAGAUAAUGUUCUAUGAAGUAAAACUGCACUUAUUCUAAAUAAUCACUGCACUUAUAUAUUUGUACUCAUUGACAUUUAAUGUGUUAUAUAAAUUACAAAAUUAAUAUGAACUUAAAACAUUUGUACUAAGAUAUAUUUAAAAACGUAGUUCCCGCGUCAUUCUCUUUCUUUUUUAUAAUAUAUUUUUUUUAUAAGUGGCCAGUUCUAACCUUUUUCAAUCUGUUGCUUAUUUCAAAGAGGUUGCGUGAUUGUAUUUUCAAACAACGUUAUUUUGGGAGAUUAUUGUCAUACAAAUGUUUUCCACUCAGUUAUCCGAAUAUUAUUCGAAAUCCUAUGAAAAACGUUGUGUUAUUGGAAAUAGUCUUAAUAAUAACUUCAGGCUGGAAUAUAGAACGAGAUAAUGUACUUGAACUCUGUAAUCGUGAUCGUAAGGCGAAAAUAUUAGAUAAGGCAAUAAAAAGUAAAUAAUAUGA